AUGGAUGACACAGACACAUAUUUAUUUAAUUUUAAAGGUUAUAAUUUUGAGCGUUCCCUGAUUGAUAUUGACGUACUAGAAAACCUAGAUGACUUUGAAAUUAGAGAUGAUGAUGUCUUCAUAAUCACAUAUCCAAAAUCUGGUACAAUCUGGACUCAGCAAAUACUAAGCUUGAUUUAUUUUGAGGAACAUCGUAACAGAACUGAACUUGUGGAAACAAUUGAUCGAGCCCCUUUCCUGGAGUACAAUAUAUGUAAAGUGGACUUUCUCAAGCGACCAUCUCCUCGUCUCUUUACUUCCCACAUUCCUUAUUAUUUAGCACCAAAGGGUCUCAAGAACAAAGAAGCUAAAAUUGUUUAUGUCUACAGAAAUCCUAAGGAUGUUUUGACCUCCUUUUUUCAUUUUUCAAAGUUCAUAGUUACAUUAGAAUCAUCAGAAACUAUGGAACAAUUCAUGAGAAAGUUUCUAGAUGGAAAAGUGGUAGGAAGCCUUUGGUUUGAUCACAUCAGAGGCUGGUAUGAGCACAAACACGAUUUCAAUAUUCUGUUCCUGCAUUAUGAAGAUAUGAAGAAGGAUCUCAGAAGUUCUGUGCUUAAAAUCUGCAGUUUUCUUGAGAAACAACUGAGUGACGAGGCUGUGGAUGCUGUUGUGAGACAGGCUACUUUUCAGAAUAUGAAGUCUGAUCCACGAGCAAAUUAUAAGGAAAUUCUAAAGAAUGAAAUUGGGACAAGAAAUGAUGAUGGAGCUUUCUUACGUAAAGGUACAGUUGGAGACUGGAAACAUCAUUUUACUGUGGAUCAAAGUGAAAGGUUUGACAGGAUCUUCCAAAGGAAGAUGAAAGAUAUUCCCUUGAAGUUCAUCUGGGAUAUGAAUGAGGAGUAG